UUUGUAAUUUGUAUUCACUAUUCAGGUUUCUAUUAUUAUUCGUUAUUUUGUUAAUACUCCUUAAACGUCACUCGUCAGUUUUUUACACGAUUGUUUUGGACGUUUCGGUACACGUUUAGACACUUUAUUAGUGAUGUCUGUUUUUAUAUUACAAAUUACUACUUAGUUAUAUUUUAAAACUAUGUCUUAAGUUCAUUACUGUUUUUUUAUUUUGUGCAUUUAAUUAAUAUAUACACUAUAAUUAUAUACAAUAUACACAUAAAAUGUUACCUCUUUCAUUACUAAAAACUGCUCAGAAUCACCCAAUGCUGGUGGAAUUAAAAAAUGGUGAAACAUACAACGGACAUUUAGUGACAUGUGAUAGUUGGAUGAAUAUCAAUUUACGAGAAGUGAUCUGCACAUCUAAAGAUGGAGAUAGAUUUUGGAGACUUCCGGAAUGUUAUAUUAGAGGUAGUAUGAUUAAAUACCUGAGAAUACCUGAUGAAAUAUUUGAUAUGGUAAAAGAAGAUAUAGUUGUAAACAAAGCUCGUGGUCGAACAGAUAACCAGAAAAAUCGUGCUCCUAGAGGAGCUAGGCAAGGGUUCAGUGGAAGAGGAGGUGGUAGUAACAACCGAGGUACUGGACCACAACAACAGAGAGGUGGUCCAAAUAAGUUUAGAGGAAAAUAAAUUGUAUAUUUUAUAAGUUGUAUUUAUAGAAUAAAAUGUAUGAUUACGACAUGUGUAAAAAAA